AUGAAGGGAGUACCCUUAGUUCUGCUCUCCCUGUGUUUCCUCAAUGCAUACCAAACCACUAAUCCGACCAGAGCCAGGCCAGCAACAGCCCCGACUGCAAUCGCUGCAAUCUUUCCAGUCGAAAGCUUGUCCGAACCGCCGUCAGAGCUAGGAGCCGUGCUACCUGUCGAGCACGCACUUGUACAUGAGCUUAUCGGGCCUGCAGUCUCAGAUCUCGAUAUGGUAGUGCUCAUUGUCGUGGCCGGUACGAAAGACGACGCAGUGCUCGUGACGCUCGACAACGCUGCUGCUCCUGGGCUGUUCAGCGUCCACCGCGUUCCCUCACCAUCACCUGCCCUGAGCGUCAGUUUCAACGUGUCCGCAUCGAUGUCGAGGAAGAAGUCCGGCCCUGUGUAA